GGGAGGAGUGUGGCAAAACCGAAAAGUACCCAUCUUAAUUUCUUAUUAAUCACUUUAACAGGCCUAAUUUAUUUCUUCCAAUGAUUUUUUCAAAAAAAUUGACUCCUAGUUUGCUAAUCAAUUUGCCGUUGUAUUCGUCAAGACGGCCAAUAAGCUUUGCUCUUUCACAAAAACAACAAGAAAUCAAGAAAAAUGCAUCAAAAUUGGCCAAAGAAGUUCUGCAAAGUGUAGCGCUUUAUGACAGAACGAAGGAAUUUCCAGUGGAUAUGAUAAAAAAGGCACAAUCGAGUGGAUUGAUGAAUACACUGAUUCCCAAAGAAUACGGCGGACAGGGACUGGAUGUAUUAAGCCAUGCCCUUAUCAGCGAAGCUAUUGGUUAUGAAUGCACUAGUAUGGGAUUUGCUAUAUUAGGAAACGAUCUCGCUACGAUUCCAAUAAUUAAUGCUGGAAGUGAUGAGAUUAAAAAGAAAUAUUUGAGGAGGCUGAUUGAAGAGCCCGUUUUAGCGUCAUAUUGUGUGUCAGAAUAUGAUGUUGGCCAAAAUGUUUCACGGCUUAAAACAAAGACAGUAAUGGAAGAUGAUGAAUGGGAGACUCGAACAGAGGCAGUCAAGAAAGGUGGUGAAUGGGUGAUUAAAGGCUCAGAAUUUUGGGUUGUUACUGGUGGAGUUGCUUCUAUGUUCAUUGUUUUAGCACGUACUGAGCUUAAUCUUAAUGCUCCAAUCGAAGAAUCAUUUACCGCUUUUGUUGUUGAUGGAAAUUCCAAAGGUCUGUCUCGUGGAAAAAAGAGAAUGGGUCAACGCUGUAUUAAUGCUCAAAGAAUUACUUUUCGGGAUGUUGUUGUUCCCUCGACAAAUAUUAUUGGAUCUAUUGGCGAUGGAAUGAAAAUCGCAAGGAUGACUUUUGACAAAAUUGGACCAGCUAAAUCUGCAUUUGCAAUUGGACUUGCUUCUAGAGCUUUGGAUGAAACUAAAAAUUGUUCAAUCGAAGGGAAGGCUAAGACUGAUCCCAAUGUAAUUUUUACGUAUUUUAGUGAGGCUUGUUCACAUUUUCAUGUUCUAACUUUGUUUACUCGUGAAUAUGUUUGGAGUUCGAGUCAUUUUUUUCGGGUCUCAUUUUUUCGGGCCGGCCCGUCCGAGUCUUUUUCGGGCCAAAAUUCGAUGCUCGACUCGAUCUUUCGGACCGGACCCCAAACCCUACUCGAGAAGACAAGUUCAUCUGAAUUCCUUUCACGUGCCUAA